UCCCAAUGAAAUUGAAAAUACUGCUAAAUAUCUCAUGAAAGAAUUUGAAAUGAAAGACCUUGGGAGAACAAAAUUUUGUCUCGGCAUUCAAAUUGAACAUUUGAGAAAUGGUAUUUUUAUCCACCAAUCAAAUUAUACCGAGAAACUUUUGAAGCGGUUUUACAUGGAAAAAGCUCACCCACUCAAUUCCCCGAUGGUGGUUCGAUCUCUCAAUGUGCAUGAUGAUCCUUUUCGACCUUGUGAAGAUGAUGAAGAAAUCCUUGGUCCCGAAAUACCAUAUUUGAGUGCUAUUGGAGCGUUAAUGUAUUUGGCUAAUAAUACACGACCAGAUAUUGCUUUUUCUGUAAAUUUAU